UAACAAUUGAAAUAUUGAGAGGGUUUCGCCGCAAAUACCCUAAAAAAAUAGAGAGCCAAGUGAGGAAGGCACGUGAGAAGGCACGUGCACUGAGCUGGGACUGCAAGAGAAGAGAAACACAAGCAGUCUUCGUCCCCAAAAACCCAACUGCCAAAUGCUCUUCGGAUCCGUUAAUUUUCCACUCUCUCAUCUGAUUUUCCCCAAAAUUCUUCAAUUUCCACUCUAGGGUUUCCUCCAUCUUUUCAAUUUUCACAACACACUUUCUCACCAAUCUCUUCCUGAUCAAGAUUCAAGCUCAAGGUUUUGUUGAGUAAGGGAGCUUUUGGGAGUUGGUUUUUAUCAGUAGAAAAAAUGAAUUACUUGAUCGGAGCUUUCAAACCAUCUUGUAACAUAUCAAUCACAUUUAACGAUGCGAAAAACCGCAAGCAGGUUCCAUUCAAGAAGGAAAAUGGUCAAACAGUGAUGGUCCCGCUAUUUCAAAGUCAAGAAAACAUUGCUGGCAAGGUCUCUGUUGAGCCAGUUCCAGGAAAGAAGGUUGAACACAAUGGUAUAAAAGUUGAGCUUCUCGGCCAGAUAGAGAUGUACUUUGACAGAGGCAACUUCUAUGACUUUACUUCCCUUGUUCGUGAACUAGACAUUCCUGGAGAAAUAUAUGAAAAGAAGACAUUUCCAUUUGAGUUUUCUACAGUUGAAAUGCCUUAUGAGACAUACAAUGGGGUGAAUGUGAGGCUAAGGUACGUCUUGAAAGUUACAAUUAGCCGUGGUUACACUGGAAGCAUAGUGGAAUACCAGGACUUUAUGGUUCGUAACUACACCCCACCUCCAUCAAUUAACAACAGCAUCAAGAUGGAAGUUGGAAUUGAAGAUUGCCUGCACAUUGAGUUUGAGUACAACAAAAGCAAAUAUCAUCUGAAAGACGUUAUUAUUGGGAAGAUCUAUUUUCUUCUAGUAAGAAUCAAGAUUAAAAAUAUGGAUUUAGAAAUCCGACGCAGAGAGUCUACUGGUUCAGGGACCAAUACCCAUGUUGAGACUGAAACACUAGCUAAGUUUGAAUUGAUGGACGGUGCUCCAGUCAGAGGUGAAUCAAUUCCAAUCAGACUGUUUCUCAGUCCCUACGAACUGACACCAACUCAUCGAAAUAUCAACAACAAAUUUAGCGUCAAGUAUUAUCUGAAUCUCGUUCUAGUCGAUGAAGAGGAUAGACGGUACUUCAAGCAACAGGAGAUCACAAUAUACAGGCUGGAAGAAAAUUCGAGUAGUCCGUCUUAAAUGGCACGACCAGCAUUCAACUAGUGACAACCUUGUAAAGCCUCGUCUUGAACUUUAGAACCUAUUUUGGUGGUGUAAUCGUCUCAUGUGUUGAGGAGGCGUUGUUGUAAUGGCUUCUCGUUCUUGUUGAUGAUGAUGACUUGCAGUUUUUUUCUUAAUUUUUCGCUUAUGGUUGCAAAAUUAUGUACAUGGGGGGGCGAGCGACACAGAGAAGCCGGGAAAGUCUUGCCAAUUUGAUUUUGUGUUUAGAAAAGUGUUUCAAACAUUGAUAAUAUGCUCAACUUUUGAGUUUUGAUUUACCAUGGCAGGAUCAUAAUAGGAACAAAUUCUAUUUCUUUUUAUCUUUUUCUUGAAUAAUUGCUGCUUUUUUAUGUUUUCAUGGUAAACUUGACACUAUGUAAGCAAUGAAGACAUUCUCUUGGGAAUUUAUGA